GCAGCCGUUUACUAUUCUCACAGCAGUUAUUUGCGCACUGCUGGAAUACUGUCGAUAAUCAGCCUAAAGAGAUACAGUGCAAUGCGGAUUUUAAAAUGUUGGCAUUCCAAAUAUGGCUUGCGUUUACAGAGACACCAUGUUGCAGUUACAAUACUUAUUGUUAUUAUAAUAACAUUGUGGCAAAUCAGGACUUCCUGCUUCAAAACUGAAUUGAACCCAAAAUAUUUAUAUAUGCAGCCAAGAGAAGAUGUGGUUUCAAUGUCUAUGAAGGAAAAACUCAAAGCAUUUGAACAUUCUGAAAAUGUGACACUAGUUACAGCUUAUUUCCAGUUAGACACCUUUAGAAAGGGUGAAAACAGUCAUGUAAACCCCAAAGUAUAUAAAAAGUGGUGUUCUGUUUAUUCUCGGAUUCUCAAUCCAGUAGUUUUCUUCACAGACUCUCCAGAGAUUCUCUCAAUGUUUAAAAAACUGCGAUCACCAAGUUUAAAUAACUUAACAAAAUUGAUCCUCGUUAAUAGAACAGACUUGUGGGCAUUUAGUCUGAAACCACGAAUUGCUAAAAUUUUCAGUCAAGCUGAUUAUCCAAAAUUCCAUCCAAACACUGUGAUACCUGACUAUUCUUGUGUGAUGCAUGCUAAAUAUGAGCUACUCAAAAAGUCUAUCCAACAGAAUUAUUUUCACACAAACUUUUUCAUGUGGAUUGACUUUGGAUAUUUUCGCUAUGAAGUAAACAAAACGGAAAAUUUUGGCUUAAGUCUUCCAAAAGGAUUUGACUUUAGAAGUGUGGCUUUCAGCUUAGAAUGUAAUUUUCAGAAAAUACCUUUGAAAGAAAUAAUAUGGAAAAACCUUGUUUGGGUUGCUGGAGGUGCAAACCUUGGACGUUAUGAUGUCUUAACAAGAUUCUGUGAUGACUACAUUAGUAGUGUUAAAAGGGCUUUGAACCAAAACUUGAUGAGUACUGACCAACAAAUUAUAUAUGCUAUGAGUGUCUAUAGAAGUUGGUCAUCAACGACUUUACAGCUUUGCCAUGCAGGUUGGUUUUGCUUAGGAUAUUUAGCAAAAGAUGCAUGGGAACAACAACACAAAUAAUCAUGUGAUAACUGCUGAUUUGUUUUUUUACUGAUUAUCAUUUUUGUGAAUAACAUUUAAAUUUCAUGAACAACAUUUAUUUUUGUAAAAAAAGAAAAUAUUCAGUUCUGUAAACAGUAUUCCUACUAAAUAUCAGCAGACUUUUAGAAUGUUUCUUGGGCACAGGUAUGGGCAUGGGGUUCAGAAGCUCACUUUACAGCCAUGUGGUUUCAGCUUCAGUCCGACUGCAUGACAUAUAUCUACUAUAGCCCCAGGUCAACCAAUGCCUUUUCUAUAAAAAAUAGAAAAGAGUGAAAAAACUACAGAAAGCUUGUUUUAUAAGGUUAACCUUAUAAAACCAGCCUUCUGUAGUUUUUUCAAUCUUUUCUAUUUUUUAUACAUCCAACAACGUGCUUUCACACAUCAACCACCCCAUAACAGCACAAAAUAACACUAGAAUAAGAAACACACCACACACAAGUCACUACUAUCCCAUGACCCAGAAUUACUGGUCCCCACCGAACACAAGACAAACACAAAAUAACACUAAGUCAAGCAACAUCCCACAUACAAGCAAUUCGAAGCAAAAAUAUAUCACAUACAGAAAUUUUCCACACAAAGUGAAAUAUCUAAGAUCAAAUCAAAUUUCACCUGUGCCUCGGAAAAUCUUAUCUAUGCCAUUACAUGCUUAGGGUGUGGUAAUAAUUAUAUUGGCCAAACAGGAAUAUCACUCCGUCGAAGAA